AGUGUUAACGUGCGCGUACGCAAGACAAUUGUUGAGCAUUCGAAAGCGUCUGUUCGCCUCAGUUGGAGUUUUGAUGCCGCAAAUUAGAAGUGUUGGUACUCCAAUAAAUUAAACAAAAAUUGCAACAACUGCGCAAACUGCCAAGUUACACACUCACACAACAAUAACAACAACAUAUUGUAACCGGCUAAGCUGGCAUUCAACGAGCCCAUCGGCCACUACGCCAGCCACACUAACCAACGUAACUAGAAGUCUCAUACCUGCCAGUCCAGCUGCUUCGCGCCGUGAGCCCUGCCGCCGUCGCAGCAGUUAGUGCUAAAAUACGUGUGUGUUGUUGCGGUUGCAACAAACAAACAAAAAAAAAAACAAAUAAAUGCAAUAAAUACAAAAUAAAUGGAAAAUGUUGCAAAACUUCCAUUAAACGAGUUUGACACAUAAMCACAUGCAACACGGCCUUACAAGUGUAUAUGUGUAUGUGUGUUGUUGCUGUGUGCGUUUUUGUUUUUGUGUCCGCGCUCCGGAAAAACCUGUUGCACUCGGUGCUGCAUUCACACGCUCCGUGGCCAUCACAAACGGAGUGCAUUCAUUCUAUUGCAGUGUGUGUUGCAUGCAACAAAAAAUGUCCCGCUGUUGUUGAAUUGCAUUUGGAAUGAACGAAAUAUAUUAYAGCAGCGAGCCACUAGAAUAGAAGGCAGCAAAUAAUCGCAUUGCUAACUUAAGCUCUUGGAACUAACAACUAGUGAAAUAAAACACAAAAGAAAAACGAAAAAAUAAAUUCAUUGUAGUUUUACCAUCGAUAUGCAGGACAUACGUUUGCGCGUCGAACAGCCCAUGUCGCGUGUGUCACCCACACAGACGCGACGCCCCAUACACCUACUGCCACAAAUAAGCUUAAGUUGCAAUGAACCGCCUUUGGAAGCGCACCUGCAACCCAGUCAACAUGCGGUGCCGCGUUCACCGAGCUCCGAGGAGGAUAACUCACCCACAGAAAUGAAUAAUUGCCGGCGUAUGGCGGAUAAGCCACCUUUGUAUGUGAACGAAGCCAUUUGCGAGCCAGAGAAAAUGAUAACCAACAAAUUCGGCGACUCCUGUCGACAGUCGCUGACCGCGCUGCCAACGCUGGAAGCGGCGCAUAUGGGCUUGCAGGAACACACCGAAUUUAGCUAUAAGAAAAAGUAUCUGCGUGAAACGUGUAGUGCCAACUCCAGUCCAAAGAUGUUUGCGCCGAGYGCACCGCUACGGCUCGACAAUCUCAGCUUGGCGGAGCAGCAUGAACUGAAAGGCGCCGCCUGGUUUCAAGCCGGCAUCCCGCGUGAGAUCUCAUUAGAGGUAUUGUCGCGUCAGAGCCCUGGCGCCUUCCUGGUGCGACAGAGUAGCACCAAACCCGGCUGUUUUGCAUUAUCACUGCGCGUGCCACCGCCCGCGCCCAAAGUGGCACACUACCUGAUACUGCGUACGCCGCGUGGCUACAAAAUCAAGGGCUUCACCAAGGAGUUCACCUCGUUGCGCGCGCUCAUUACACAUCAUUCGGUAAUGCCAGAACUGUUGCCUGUGCCACUGGCAUURCCACGGCCGACGAAUAUGGGCKCAGGCGCACCGGGUAGUCGACAUGGCUCACGAGGCAGUGAAUUGGAUGGCUGUGAUGAUUUCGAUACUUAUGGAUCGCUAAAUGAUUUUCGCAAAAUGAUGGCCGAUUUGAAUGUAUGACUUUUGAGUGAGGCAAUGAGUGGAGACAACGGACUGACGGCGCCAAGUAGGCAAGGCGAUACAGCAGCAACGGCAGCAACAACUGCAACAGCAGCAAGUUGACCCCGAAUCAGCUGUCUGCGGCGCUGGUGGUGUGGACGGAGUUGAGCAAUUUAGGUGUCGCACAACCAAUAAAGCAGCAACAACAACAGCGCAAUAUUAAAGUGUAGCAAUAAGAAAGUAGUCACAAACAGCAGCAUAGCAUAUGCCACGCAUUGUAGUUUGUGGCAACAACGCAGCGGCCGGCUAAAGUAGUCGUGUUGCAAGCAUUGCAAGAUUUGAUAUAUCAUCGACGCAAUGCGAAUGUUAACGAGUCAUCAUCAAAAGAACAUGAAACGUGUAAUACAAGAACAAAAACAAAAACAACAA